CGCAACGGCAGCAGCAACAACGACAGCAGCAGCAACAGCAACAGCAGCAGCAGCACCAACAACAAGAGCAGCAGCAACAACAACAACAGCAGCAGCAACAGCAACAGGACCAGCAACAACAACAGCAGCAGCACCAACAACGGGAGCAGCAACAACGACAGCAGCAGCAAUAGUGACACGAAGAGGACACCACCAUCAGCAACAGAGCGGAAAGAAAAGUCUUCGUCACAGCAGCUUCACAGCUUGAGCAGCCGCAACAAGCGAAACUGCGAAGUCAAGCAGUUAACCAACCGCAGCAGCAACAACAACAGGAACAGCAACUACAACAGCAGCAGCAACAGCAGCAACGACAACAGCAGCAGCAAAACGAGCAGCAUAAAGAAU